AGAGAAAAAGUGCCAUAACGAUAACAAUAACCAUGACUUAUCUUCUCAUUCUUAUUCAGUAAGUGAACAUUUGUGCAAUGAGGACAGCAAUGGCUGGCACCCAGAAUAUAUAUCCCUAGACUUUAUUAGUGACCACAAAUAUAACUUUAUCUGGCCAAAUGGUUGUUGAAUUGAUAAAUAAAUGAACAUAAAGACACUUUUAUUAACAUUCCUGUUCUAUAUAUUUGUAUUUUAUUUUAGAUCAUCUAUGGCUCAUUUGACCUGCAAGAGCUUAAAACAACUCAUUAUUCUUCAUUUUAUUCCAUGGUCCCAAAAGAAUCUCAUCAGAACAUUGGGAUUGUUCACUUGCUUCAAUAUUUUGGAUGGAUUUGGGUUGGCAUCUUUGCUGUUGAUAAUAACAGUGGACAGCAUUUCUUGCAGAGCCUGGAACCAUUGCUUCAUGAAAAUGGGAUCUGCGCAGCCUAUACAAAAAGGUUACCCUAUAUAGCACGUUUGGAUAAAAUGGAAGAGCAUAUAGAAAUAUGCUACAGCAUUUAUAAACAAUUAAAAAAUGAUAUACAUGUAGUUAUUAUCUAUGGUGAAUCAUUGACCAUUGCAGCUCUAAGAUUCAUCUUAACUCUGGGAGGCAUUGAAAAUGAAAAGUUAUAUUUUAAGAAGGUGUGGAUCAUGACUGCUCAACUAGAUUUCAUGUUAACUGGCCUCUUAAGAGGUUGGGAUCUUCAGAUAUUCCAUGGUGCCAUUGCUUUUGCAAUCCACUCAGAGGACACUCCAAAUUUCGGUGAAUUUCUAAAGACAAUAAACCCUCACUGGAACAAAGGAGACAGAUUUAUUCAGGUCUUCUGGGAACAAGCAUUUGACUGUUUCUUUCCAGAGUCUUGGGAGCAAACAGAAGUCAUGGGGCAAUGUACUGGGAAAGAGAAGCUUGAGGAUAUAUUUAAGCCUCAGUUUGAAAUGAGCAUGACCGGACACAGCUACAGUGUCUAUAAUGCUGUCCACAGUGUGGCUCGAGCUUUGCAUGCUAUGUGCUCUUCUCAGUCCAACUACAACAGAGGGAAAUGUUCAUCUCAUACGAGCAAGAAAUGCAAUGCAGUCAAACUGCAAAAUCUGCAAGCUUGGCAGCUCCAUCCAUUCCUUGAAAGUGUUUCCUUUAACAACUCUGUUGGAGAAAGUAUAUCCUUUGAACAGAGAAUGGCAACAGGAGAUAAAUUUGAUAUUGUCAAUUUGGAGACACUGCCAAACAAUUCCUUCCAGAGAAGGAACGUUGGAAAGGUGGAUUCGAGUGCUCCUCAAGGUGAACAAUUCACCAUUGAUGAAAAUAUGCUGGUGUGGCAUCCAGGACUAAAACAGCUGCCUCCCCUUGCUCUGUGUAAUGAACGUUGCCGUCCGGGUUAUCAGAAAAAAAGGAAGGAAGGAAAACCAUUCUGCUGCUAUGAAUGCAGUCGAUGUCCAGAUGGGGAGAUUUCUAAUUCAACUGAUAUGGAUGACUGUUUCAGAUGUCCAGAAGACCACUAUCCAAGCAAUGACAGAAACAUGUGUAUCCCCAAAAAAACAAGCUUCUUGUCUUAUGGAGACCCCUUAGGCACUAGUUUAGCUGUGAUUGCGGCUUCUUUUGCCUUCAUCACAGCGUUGGUGCUAGGAGUAUUUAUCAAGCAUAAAGAUACCCCAUUAGUCAAAGCGAAUAACCAAAAUCUCACCUAUAUUCUUCUCGCCUCCCUCAUGCUCUGCUUUCUCUCUUCUUUCCUAUUUCUUGGUGAACCACGAGAAGUCACUUGCCUUUUACGACAAUCCAUUUUUGGUCUCACUUUCUCUGUGGCUAUUUCUUGCAUUCUGGCAAAAACUACCAUUGUUUCUCUAGCAUUCCUUGCUACAAGGCCUGGAUCGAGAAUGAUGAAGUGGGUAGGGAACAGACUGGUCCACUUCAUUAUUUUCCCAUGCUCCCUUCUUCAAGCCUGUAUUUGCCUUUUGUGGUUGACAUACUCCCCACCCUACCCAGAUGUUGAUAUGAAGUCAAUAACUAAGGAAAUCAUUAUUCAAUGCAAUGAAGGCUCUGUCGUCAUGUUUUACUGUGUCAUUGGCUACAUUGGCCUUCUGGCCAUGGCCAGCUUCAUUGUGGCCUUCCAGGUCCGCAAAUUACCAGAUAGUUUCAAUGAAGCCAAGUUUAUUACGUUCAGCAUGUUGGUUUUCUGCAGUGUAUGGAUAUGUUUUGUUCCCACUUACUUGAGCACUAAAGGGAAGGAUAUGGUGGCUGUGGAGAUCUUCUCCAUCUUGUUCUCCAGCGCUGCCUUGUUGGGGUUCAUCUUUGCUCCUAAAUGCUACAUCAUUGCAUUGAGGCCUGAUCUGAACAACAGGGAGCAACUUAUAAAAAGAAAGAAUUAAGGAAUCUGCCUGUUGUUCUCUUACUUUAAUGUAUUCACCUUCUAGGAUGAAACUGAUGACUUUAAUAUGAAUUCUAGGUAUUUCAGUAGAAAUUAAGUUAAAGCAUGUCUAUUAAAGCAUUAAUAAGUAAUGUCUAUUAAUAAUUAAUUAAUAAUGUCUAUUAACGGCGCUCCAUGCAGUCAUGGACAAUGCCGGCUCUUCAGCUUAGAAAUGGAGAUGAGCACCAACCCCCAGAGUCGGUCACGACUGGACUUAACAUCAGGGGAAAACCUUUUCCUUUACUAUUAAAGCAUGCGGUGAUUUUAACCACUCUCUCAGUCUAUCCAGUAAAGACCUGUCUUUUCUCACCACUUGACAUGUUUUGUGUUGGAAAAACAGUAAUGAAAUAUGCCCUCCUGGUCCAAAUCAUAAUGCUUUAUUUUAGGUCAAUAUAAUAUAGGGCAAAUUGGUACAUAACACUGGCCAACAUACAUUUUAGUGCCCCAAAUGUUAGACCUUUUUCUGGGUAUAUUUGACCUGUUGAUUCCAUAAAUGGCACCACUUUUCUCCAAUCACUUCUAAUUUUUGAGAUUCAAAACAUAUGCCACAUAGCAGUUGCCAUUUGCUCACCCAUAGAAAGUCAUAUCUAAGAAACUAGAACUGAUUCAAUCUAUCCAAUGCGAUUUUCUGAAUCAGUGACCCAAACAACCCCAGGGACAGGCCUAAAAAUCAACACACCAAGAAAGGUUUUUUGGAAGGGAAGCGGGGUUGGG